AUGACGGAAAAAAAUGAAAUUGUUGUGUGGCGUAGAAUGUAUUUAGAGAACAUUCAAAAAUAUCGGGAAGAAGGUCGACAUAUUUAUUUCCUCGACGAAACGUGGGUGAAUGCUGGAGAUUGUACAUCGAAAACGUGGGUUGACACAACAGUACGAUCUCACCGGGACGCAUUCCUAAAAGGACUAUCCACAGGUGCUGUCAACCCCUCGGGCAAGGGAAAACGGCUCAUUGUACUCCAUAUAGGUUCAGAAGAUGGCUUUCUACCUGGUGGUUUAUUGUGUUUUGAGUCAAAAAAAAACACAAGUGAUUACCAUGACGAAAUGAAUGGGAACACAUUUCGUGAGUGGAUGGAGGGCAUUCUACCUCUACUACAACCGAACUCCGUAAUUGUUAUGGACAAUGCGUCCUACCAUUCCGUUAAACUUGACCGAGCCCCAUCAUCCAAUGCCAAAAAGGCGGAUAUUAUCAAGUGGUUGGAAGAUAAAGGAGAAGUAAUAAAGCAUUCGAUGGUCAUCCCUGAACUCCUACAUAUUGUCAAACGUUUGAAGCCAAUACACAAUAAGUAUGUUAUUGACGAACUUGUAAAAGCAAAAAAUCAUACAGUUUUACGACUCCCGCCAUACCACUGUGAGUUGAACCCCAUCGAACUGGCUUGGUCAUCAGUAAAAAACCACGUUCGGAUGAAUAACACCACUUAUAAGCUUCCAGACGUAAAAAAUUUAUUGAUAGAGGGCAUAAAACGAGUCGACGCAGAAAUGUGGAAAAAUUUUAUAAGCCAUACCAAAAAGGAAGAAAAAAAAUUUUAUGAAGUUGACAAAGUUAUUGACGAGGUCUUGUCCGCCGAGAUAUCAGAUGAUUUGACGAUGACUAUCACGGGAGACACUUCAUCUGAAACGGAUUCAGAUAGUGAAUAA